AUGGUACGGGUCGGCGGUGGGUGGGAUACGUUGGAUCACUUCCUUCAAAAAUACGACGAAUGUCGCAAAGUCCAACAACCCCAUAGUCCUACAUCAGCCGAUAAACGAUCUCACUUCAAAAAGAGUCAUUCACACUCUGCGGAGGAUGGCAUGGUGGACGCGUCAAAUACAUCAGAUCUCGUAAAUGCUGUUUCGACUGGAUAUCGUCAGUCUGGAGCUAGAAAUGGCGAUUCAGUCUCAGUUGUAGGCGAAGGUAAUCUCAAGGUUAUGAAGAAGGGUCGAGAGGUGAUCUAUACCACAACCGAAGUUAUUCACCAAUCUUCCAAGUGCAAUCAUCAUUGCCCCAAACCUGAAGACCUUAUUAUAGACGCCAAAGAAGUGAAAGAGGAGAAUCAACUAACUCCGAGUUCUAGCGUCGAGGAACUCGCCCCUACACCGGUUAUAAAACAAUUGGAUGAGAAGUACGGUGAACCCGUGAUUUCAUCCAUCUCUCCGGUGGAUCCCAUCGAUAACUUGAUUCAAAUCGAAGUGAACGAAAACGAGUCAAUAUUUGCUCAAACGGAAGUUGCAAAAGAGGGCAUUCCACAACUUAAAUCACCCACUACUGAGCGAGUUCAAACGGUCCCAGUUAUUGAUCAGGUUGUUGGUGGAUUCGAUAGGAAAGUGAAGUCUUUAAAUAUCACUGACUCUUCCUUGGAAAAGCCUCUAACCAAAUCAAAAAUUAAGCCCAGUCCUUUGCCUUCGCCUUACAAGUCAAACCCCAGUUGCACAUAUAGUCGACUACCUACUUCGGUCAGUAUUACUCGAUUAAAAUCAACAUCAACACACAAUUUAUCUGCUGUUGGGAAAGAUUCGACAUCCACCAGUUUAGGAAAGUUCUCCCAAUCAACAGUAUCUCUUAAUGCUUCCACUGCAACUAGAAGACUCAGUAAACCAAGCAUUUCCCAACCUAUCAGUAGUACUAGUAUAAGUACAACGCAGAGAGCAAAAUCGAUUUCUAAUAUUUCCAUGAAUUCCAACACUGUUUCUCGAUCUCGACAGUUAGCCAACACUUCCAAGACGGACGUGUUCCAGCGCCUGUCAGCGAAUCCUAAACGAAAUACAACAGCCCCAAGAAUUGUAAAUCCGCCUGCUACCAACAUGAAGCGACGAGCUUCCAUGAAACAUCCUGAGAGUAAACAGGAAAAUGAAAUUAAUAAUGGACCAACAUUGAGACGUCGAAAUUCAGUUAACACGGUAAAAAAGAUUAUCUAUACAGACGAUACACCCGCUGCAGCUAAAGUUGCAUGUAAUACUGUUGCAAUGAAACGAGGAUCACAAAAAACAUUGAAACCACCUGGUUCUAUUGAAAUUCGACGGUCUUCAGUAGCAAGAAUGCCGGCAGAAGGUACACGGAUUCCUAGACCUGCAAAAGUUUUCACAGUCUCGGGUUCAAGGUCAAAAUCCGUGGGGCCUAGUGCUUAUUCGGAGGAUAGUUCAGUCAGAUAA